AGUGUACCGGCGAAAAAUUAAAGCGUUUAUCCCCGCCUCUCUCCUCCAUUUUAGCAACUCCGAACUGAACCUACUCCGACCAUCCAAAACGCAGAACACAAAACCCGAAACGGUACAAUGUGCGGAGACGCAACAAAUUGGGACGAAGAAGCUUACAGAGAAAGCAUAUUAAAAGAGCGAGAAAUCGAGACCCUAACCGUAUUUAGAACCGCAUGGACUCCCUCUCCGUCACCAAACACUAGUCCCGACGCCAUCAUCGUCGCCUCCAGUGACGGUUCAAUCGCAUCCUACUCUAUCUCCUCCUGCCUCUCUAAGCUCCCAUCGGGAUUUGGCAAUGCAGAAGCUCAACUGGCUAAACCUGAUGCAUUUGUACGAGGACAUAAUGGACCGGCUUAUGAUAUUAAGUUUUACGGUGAUAAUGAAGAUAAUUUGUUAUUGAGCUGUGGAGAUGACGGUCGGAUUCGAGGAUGGAAGUGGAAGGAAUGUAUGCAGUUAGAAGGAAAUGGCGAGCAGCCAAUACUUAACUUCUUGAAUCCGCAGCACAAAGGUCCUUGGGGUGCCCUUUCCCCAAUCCCUGAAGUUAAUGCCAUAGCUGUGGAUACCCAGAUGGGAUGCGUUUUUUCAGCUGCUGGCGAUUCUUGUGCAUAUUGUUGGGAUGUGGAGACUUGUAAGAUCAAAACGAUUUUUAAGGGACACCGGGACUACUUGCACUGUAUAGUUGCCCGUAAGUCGGCCAAUCAGAUUAUAACUGGUUCGGAAGAUGGGACUGCACGAAUUUGGGAUUGCAAAACUGGAAAGUGCGUUGAAAUAAUUAAUCCAGUGAAGGAUAAGAAGUGGAAAGGAUCUUCACGUGUUAGCUGCAUUGCUCUUGAUGCAAGUGAGACCUGGUUGGCUUGCAGCAAUGGCCGGAGUUUAUCAGUCUGGAGUCUUCCAGCUUCUGAAUGUGUUUCAAAGGCUGCUAGUCGUGCAUCUCUACAGGACAUAAUAUUUGAUGAAAAUCAGAUAUUAGCAGUCGGAGCAGAGCCGCUACUCACCCGUUUUGACUUAAAUGGAGCAAUUCUUUCUCAGAUACCUUGUGCUCCUCAGUCAGCAUUUUCUGUGUCCAUGCAUCCAUCGGGAAUGAUUGCAGUUGGAGGCUAUGGAGGCCUUGUAGAUGUCAUAUCACAGUUUGGUAGUCACUAUUGCACAUUCCGCUGCAAAUGCCUACUAUAUAAAUUAGCAGAUCCUAUCUCAGUACAACAGUUUCCUAAUUACGGGCUUUCCAGCAGGGCCUCUAAGCUUAAGGUAAUUGGGCUUGAAAAGCCCAUCAACCAACAUGGAGUAGUAGCGAUCCGAGAAGUUUUUAAGGAAAACAAAACCCUAAUUCAACAAAUUUUAAAUCAAUCUCCUCAGUUUUACUCUCACUUUUUCAAUCAAUCACCAUCAUCGACGAUUAUCAGUAUGGCAGGAUCAGCACAAGAAGGCUCACAAUUCGAUGCGAAACAGUUUGAUGAUAAAAUGAAUGAAGUUCUUUCAGUCGAGGGAGAUGGCUUCACAACAUAUGAUGAAGUUUAUGAAAGUUUCGAUUCAAUGGGUUUGCAAGAGAAUCUCCUCAGGGGCAUUUAUGCUUACGGUUUUGAAAAGCCUUCUGCUAUUCAACAGAGAGGUAUUGUUCCAGUCAUCAAGGGAUAUGAUGUGAUUCAACAAGCUCAGUCUGGAACAGGAAAGACUGCAACUUUCUGUUCUGGUAUACUCCAACAACUUGAUUAUGGUUUGGUGGAAUGCCAAGGCCUGGUUCUGGCACCAACCCGGGAGCUUGCACAACAGAUUGAAAAGGUUAUGCGUGCACUUGGGGAUUAUCUUAGCGUCAAGGUGCAUGCUUGUGUUGGUGGAACCAGUGUCCGUGAAGAUCAACGCAUUCUGUCUAGUGGGGUACACGUUGUUGUUGGUACUCCGGGUCGUGUGUUUGACAUGCUGCGAAGACAGUCGCUUCGUUCUGAUUACAUUAAGAUGUUUGUAUUGGAUGAGGCUGAUGAAAUGCUUUCACGUGGUUUCAAGGAUCAGAUCUAUGAAAUUUUCCAGCUUCUACCUGAAAAAAUUCAAGUUGGUGUUUUCUCUGCAACAAUGCCACCUGAGGCUUUAGAGAUCACUAGGAAGUUCAUGAAAAAACCUGUUAAAAUUCUUGUGAAGCGGGAUGAGCUAACUUUGGAGGGUAUAAAGCAGUUUUAUGUCAAUGUCGAGAAAGAAGAAUGGAAGCUUGAGACAUUAUGCGAUCUUUAUGAAACCUUAGCUAUAACCCAAAGUGUCAUUUUUGUCAACACUCGUCGUAAGGUUGAUUGGCUGACAGACAAGAUGCGAAGUAGAGACCACACUGUCUCUGCUACUCAUGGUGAUAUGGACCAGAACACAAGAGAUAUCAUCAUGCGUGAAUUUCGAUCCGGGUCAUCUCGGGUUCUGAUCACCACCGAUCUUUUGGCUCGUGGUAUUGAUGUCCAACAGGUCUCUCUUGUUAUAAAUUUUGAUCUCCCUACUCAGCCAGAGAACUAUCUCCAUCGUAUCGGACGUGGUGGACGAUUUGGAAGGAAAGGUGUUGCCAUCAAUUUUGUGACAAAGGAUGAUGAGCGGAUGUUGUCUGACAUCCACAAGUUCUACAAUGUGUUGAUUGAGGAGUUGCCAUCAAAUGUUGCUGAUCUCCUCUAAAUGAGAUUUUGUCGUCAAUUAUCACUAGAGAGUUCAUUCCAAUUCAUGUGCUUUUUGUUUUUAUUUAUUUUUCUAAGUCUUGAUUUUGUAGGUCUGGUUGUUCUCUUAAAAUUUUGGCUGUUGCCUAGUUAGUUAUAUUUAUUUAUUUUAUAUGUUCCAACAA